AUGGCGACCUCAAUCAUGGCUUCUAUGGCUCUGAAAUCAUCUCCAUCGCCAUUUUCUGGGCAGUCGCAGCUCCAGCGCAUCCAGCCUUCAGCACGAUCAUCAUCUUUCAGAGUAAUGUCCAAAAAGGCAAAGAAAGUUCAGACUUCUCAGCCUUUCGGGCCCGGGGGAGGAUUGGAACUGAAAGAUGGUGUUGAUGCAUCUGGAAGGCCAGCCAAGGGGAAGGGCGUCUACCAGUUUGCCAGCAAGUAUGGAGCAAAUGUUGAUGGGUACAGCCCAAUAUAUAACCCAGAAGAAUGGUCUCCAAGUGGUGACUACUACGCGGGAGGAAAGACAGGGUUGUUGCUCUGGGUGGCUACUCUUGCUGGAAUUCUGCUGGGUGGUGCUCUGCUUGUUUACAAUACUAGUGCUUUGGCUUCUUGAAGCUUGGUACCGUAAACCAGAUUAUGUACCAUGCAAGGAUUUACAUCAUCUAGGGUAGAUAUUCGGACACAUAUAUCCCUAUACUUAAUUACCAAAAGCAAUAAGUCUCCGAUAUGCAAAUAAUGGUCUUAUAUGUUGUGCAAUUGAUGUAAUAAAGACUAAAUAAUCAGCAAAAUGCUACGCCUUCAGCUAACAAGGCAGUGGA